AAGUCGUCUGUUGUAUUUGGACGACUAAUCAAUCAAUCUCGCAAAUGCGACUCUACUCUGCGCAAUACUGCUGUCCCUCUCUUCUCCUACUAUCAUCUCCAUCUCCAUAUCCAUUUCCAAUUACUCGCUCUACCGUAUUGUCAAUGGCUUCCGCUGCUCAACAAGAUUCUGCUGUUAAAAGUGUUGCUGUUAUUGGAGCUGGUGUUAGUGGGCUAUCUGCAGCUUAUAAGUUAAAACUGCACGGUUUAAACGUCACUGUAUUUGAAGCGGAUGCCAGAUCUGGAGGGAAGUUAAGAAGCAUAUCACAUGAUGGUUUAAUAUGGGAUGAGGGCGCAAAUACUAUGACUGAAAGUGAGGCAGCAGUUGGCUUUUUACUCGAUAAUCUUGGACUUAGGGACAAACAACAAUUUCCACUUUCGCAGCAGAAACGUUAUAUAGCCAAAAAUGGAGAGCCUAUACAGUUGCCAUCGAAUCCCGCUGCACUUAUCAAAAGCAAUCUGCUUUCUGCAGGAUCAAAGCUUCAAAUUUUUUUGGAGCCAUUUUUGUGGAAGAAUAAUAGUACUUCGAAGAGGCCUGACGCAGAGGAAAGUGUUGGUGCAUUUUUUCAGCGUCAUUUCGGAAAAGAGGUUGUUGACUAUCUUAUUGAUCCUUUUGUCGCCGGAACUAGCGGUGGAGAUCCUGAAUCUCUUUCUAUGCGCCAUGUAUUUCCAGAGCUAUGGGAUCUUGAGAAAAGAUUUGGCUCAAUCAUAUCUGGUGCUAUUCAGUCUAAAUUAUCUGCCAGAAAAGAAACCACCGGCAGAAUGAAGGACUCUUUGGUGAAGAAGAAGAAACACAGCAGUGGCUCCUUUUCAUUUCUGGGUGGGAUGCAGACACUCACGGAUGCAUUGUCCAAUGAACUCGGCAAAGAUGAGCUUAAACUUCAAUCGAAAGUGCUGGAAUUAUCUUCUAGUUGCAGUGAGAACUCUCCAUUAGAUAAUUGGUCAAUUUCUUAUGAAUUGGAUGACAAAAAUCAUUCCUGUCAGAAGUCCUUUGAUGCAUUAAUACUCACAGCCCCCCUUUCCGGUGUUAAACAAAUGAAGAUCACUAGACAAGGAUUGCCAUUCCUCUUAGACUUUAUCCCUGAGAUUAGCUACUUACCGAUGUCUGUUAUAAUCACCACAUUUAAGAGAGAGAGUGUCAAGCGACCGCUUGAAGGCUUUGGAGUUCUCAUACCUUCAAAAGAGCAAGAAAAUGGUUUGAAGACACUGGGCACCCUAUUCUCUUCGAUGAUGUUUCCAGAUCGCGCACCUGCUGAUGUUCAUCUCUAUACUACGUUUGUUGGCGGAAGUAGAAACCCAGAGCUUGCCAAAGCUUCAAGGGACGAAUUGAGUCAGAUAGUGACUUGUGAUCUCAGACAGCUAUUGGGGGCAGAAGGAGAACCUGCUUCCCUGAAUCACUUCCAUUGGAGUAAAGCAUUUCCGUUAUAUGGGCGUAAGUAUGGUUCAGUAAUUGAAGCUAUUGACAAGAUGGAGAAAGACCUUCCAGGGUUGUUUUAUGCAGGUAACCACAAGGGAGGAUUAUCAGUUGGGAAAGCAAUAUCAAGUGGUUGUGAAGCAGCUGACCUAGUGAUCUCGUAUCUGGACACUUGUUCUGAUGCUAAGGUGAACUCCCUGUGAAUGCAGUUUUUGGCUGAGUAGAGAUAAAUAAUGAUGUUACAGUCUUUAGUGUUGUGUGUCUGAAUCAAAUUCAAAUCCAUGUAUCCUAAGUGUUUGGUCUGUAAAAAGAAAAAAACAAUAUAAUAUAAUGUGGAAUGUACUGAGAUUUAGGUUAUGACAAAUGAGAGAUGACAAUGGUGGUAUUUGUUGUUGUUGAAUGCUUGAUCCAUAUGCCUCUGUCUCUCACUGCUUGUUUUGUUGCCA